AUGCUUAUAACAUUUAAAAUUUUUAAACAUUAUAAUCGCAUUAAUCAAGCAUUAUCACAAUGUCGUUAUUACCAAUACACACAGUAUAUUGGCAAAAACCAGACACAGUAUUUUUCAACGGAAUCAUCUAAAAAUGUCUUGUCAGAUACAGUGACAAAUAAAUAUUGUACUGAUGAAGAAAUAAAAUGUUCAGAGAAAAGUUCUGUAUAUCGUUUUGUUCCAUCUAAACCUAUUUGGAAACGAUUCGAUGUUGGGGUGCAGCAUGAAUUAGAAGAGGUGAAUAGUAUAUCUGGAACAAAGGAUUGUGUAUCACCUGAUAAACAGGAUAUAUUUUAUAUUGAUCACAGUACUCUUCCAAAACGAACCCAAUUGGAUAUGAAUGUAGUUAAAUUACUUGAACAGAUAUCGCUAAUAAAUUUCAAAGAAGAAAAUUUGAGAACUCUUGAGGAAGCUAUACGCUAUGCUGAUUCAUUGCUAACGAAAGAAGCUUUUCAUGGAACAACUAAUAAUCAAUGUUGGAGUCUAGAUAAUACAGAACCGAUGAUUAGUUUAUGUGAUGAAAUUAAUGUUGGUUCCAAUUGUUUUUUAGAUGAUGACGAUGGUAAUAAUCACAUUGCAUAUAAUUGUAAUCUAGCUACUGAUAUUAUGGAACAAGUACCUGAUAAAUGGGAAGGUUAUAUUGUUGCUCCAUUGAGUAAUAUUCCAGUAGAGCAAAAUGAAUCUAAUCGAGUUCAAGGAGUGACGGCGUAGUUACUCGGUCAACAAAGUGAAUAUAUUCAUAAUUUUGAUGAAAAUAGCAGAAAAGAAACAAAUAUACACGUAUUAACACAGUGUAUACCGUAAUAAUAAAAAUCAAAAUGAGAGUAACAA